UCAGUCUUUGUGCCUCUCAAAACCAGGGACGUGAGAGUUGGUAGUGUUGUACCUGUUACAUGGUCUGGCAAGCUAAGGUCCACGGAAUUCCGGGCAGCGGCUGGCUCCGGAUCGGUCAAAUAAGUCAGGGCAAAAGCAGAAAUAGACGUAGAUCCUUUUCUCCAGAUCAUUUCCGCUAUGCCCAGCCUGGAUCUCUUCCCCGCGCGAGCUCCAUGCCCCAAUUCACUGUGUGACCUAGAGCCAGUCGUUACCUAUCGCUGGGCCUCAAUUUUCCUGUGAGCCCAAAGGCUAAUUUAAUUCAGAUUCUCUGGGACCUUCCUGUUCAGCUCCCUCAGCUACUUAAUUGGAGCUAAAUUUACUUGUUCUCUCACAUGUUAGUUUAUCCAUUCAAAGUUCCAUCUACUUAUUUAUACAUUUACCCAUGCCUUUAGAAUGUCUUACUGAAUCAUACUUGCACGUGGUACCCUUUCCUGGCCCCGCCGCCUCGGGCAAUUUAGCUGUGGUUUAUGAGAGAAGUGAUGAGGAAACUGAGGCUCAGAGAGGUUAAGUGACUUGGCCAAAGUCAAACAGCUAUCUAGGAGCCAUGUCCACCUUGUUCCCCUCACUCUUUCGCCGUGUGACUGAGACUCUGUGGUUUAAUCUGGAUCGACCCUGUGUGGAAGAGACAGAGCUACAGCAGCAAGAACAGCAGCAUCAAGCCUGGCUCCAGAGCAUUGCAGAGAAAGACAACAACCUGGUACCUAUUGGAAAGCCGGCCUCAGAGCACUAUGAUGAUGAGGAAGAGGAGGAUGAAGACGAUGAUGAGGAUAGUGAAGAGGACUCAGAGGAUGAUGAGGACAUGCAGGACAUGGACGAGAUGAAUGAUUACAAUGAGUCACCUGAUGAUGGAGAGGUCAAUGAGUCUCUUCUCCAGGUGGACAUGGAAGGCAACGAACAGGAUCAGGACCAGUGGAUGAUCUAGGUAGACAAGAUGAUCUCCCUGAGGGUGGCCUCAGGGAGAUUCCAGGCCAGCCCAACCUACCCUGUAUCUUCUGCAGAACCAGCUGGAUCGACCCAGUACCUGAAAGCUCACCCUCAGGCACCUCCUCAGCUGCUGCCAGGACCUGGUAUCCUUGGCCCUUUCUGGGCCAUCAUUUUGCCCUUGAGUCCCCAGGGCCGGAGCCCAGCCUACCUUUUUGGCCAGUACCUCACCCCUAUGUUGCCAGGUGUAGUUCCUUUCUAACUCUUGUUAAUAAACACACAGGACUGAUUCCCCAUC